AUGCGGGGUUUACUCUGGUUAGUUAGUGGCCUUGUCGGCCUUGCACUGGCAAACGUCGAGAAGACGAUGUUCAUAUCGCCAAACUUGGACACGGCACAGUCCGCCCUUUUAAAAGCCGAGUUGAACACUCUUUCACCUUUAGCACCGAGCAUUAGAGCACACCUUGACGCUGAGUUUCCAACCGAUACGGCUCCUGCUGGGAAGAGGUCGUGGUAUCGUCUCGAAGGGCUGGUUCCUGGACAACGCUAUGAAGUUCGAGUGUGCUGGCUAGCAACACAACCUACCGAAUUCACUCUAUCAACAUAUACACCAUCUGAGAUUCUUCAGUCUCCAAACCUGCUAGCUUCCCUAGCUGAAUUCUCCGAGCUACAAGCCCACCGUAACCAAAACAGUACUUCACUGGGAACCUCUAUCCGCGCCGCCGAGGUAACGCUGUACCUCGUCGUUGAUGCUGCAGCAGACUACUUCACCUCAGACAAAGCACUGAUGGCAAAUGUCCCACCAGUCCUCGUCGACCUCAUUCUUGACCCCUAUAUUUUUAACAUUCUUCCAACUUCCCUGGUGCCUACUUUGGGCUAUGUUGCGGUUUCAGCUGUACUUGCAUGGUUCAUAUCACGAUAUGUCUGGCUCCAGCUUUCAGCCGCAGCGGAGGUGCUGGAUGUUGAUGCCAGGAAGGAAAGUCAAACACAGCCUCGGUCGGCUCCGGUGCAGAACAAUUGGAUCGGUGCUGCAAGGAAAAAGAAUAACCGAAUUAAUUUUUUCAGCUGUUAA